AUGGACUUCGAGAAAUAUGGACAGAGCUCCCACCAGCCGAGGCAACGGAGAAGAAGAGCCGGGAAGCGACGAUUGAACAACAAGGCUCCGAUCGCAGCACGUCUGGCUCUGGAUCCUCAGCUGCGUGGGAAGGUCGGCAUCCUAUCCGAAGAUCUAGCGAACGACUUGUUCCAGCAGCAGGCCCUCCAAGAUGUCACAACCUCUGAUGAUGGAGUUUUGUACGUUGCAAUUGCCCCGCAUACGCCGACGCAUACCCCGGUGGAGGACCAAGCGUGGACGAUACUCCCAGUGCGCAUCCAGCCUACCGAGAGGUCCCCAGUCCCAAUGUCACACUCGACUGUUCUAUUCCCAGAGUCAGCGGACUCACUCCAACCUUUUCUCCAGGCUCUGGGAAAAGUCGAUUCAUCGCGCAACAGCCUACAAGCACAUCGGUCUGUAGAGAUUCGGAUUUUGGAUGUCGCCCCAAUUCACCUUGAUACGAUAUUCGUUACCGUAGAGCGUCAUCUUCUUCGUGAUCAUGAUGACAUUCAGAACAAAUUCAGUGGUGGGUUCCAGAAUGCGCAGGGGCCCAAUGGUCUCUGGGGAAAGGCGGGGAGGACCGCAGAGGCCAAGAAGUACUCGAAGAGGGCCGCAGCGGAUGCCGAACAACGGUUAACCGCAGCUGUUCGUGAGGCAUUAGGAGCGCAGCGCAUUGUACAUACUGGGGAUGUGCUGCCUCUGCCUCUCCCUCCGCACCCUAUCACCUAUGCGCCGCCACCCCCUGCGCGAAUCUCAUUCUGCGAGCCUGUCUCGCAAGGCCUGUUGAUGCCCACUACCAAGAUCGUUCUUAUCCAGUCUCGAGCACAAGGAAAUCGUGCUCAGCAAACCCUUCCCUCGAGGUCGGCCCUCCUCAAGCAAGUGGCCGAAGACGAGGCCGAUGAUACCUCCAACGAACAGUUCUACUCUGCCGCGGAAGACAAGUUCGGUGAAAGCGGAACGGAGAUGGAAGCUACGUCGGCGGCCGAGGAGUCGGAAACAGAGGGAUCUGCAGGCUCAAUGAGCGACUCGUCGGAUGAUUCUUUGGAAGACAUGAUUUCCCUCAGCGCACCUGAACUGCCACAGCCUGCAUCUGGGGUGAUGUCUUCAUUGACAUCAGCAACUCCAAGAGCUGGUGGUCGCCGCACGGACGGAAUUCAUACUCCAGGAUCAGUGGCAUCGAAUUUCACAUCAGCCACAAUGCGCCCUGGUCGUGGUGGAGGCAAGACCUUCAAGGUUGAAGGUCUCCUCCAACAAGUUCCGAAUGAAGUGUUGCACCCCCGGCCGCGCGAUGACGAAGAUGUCGACUCUUUUGUCUUUGUAGACAUCAGCACUCUGGCCAAAAUCGGUUGCUUCUCUGGAGACUGGGUCAAAAUUGAAGCAGCCGAGGAGCCACAGCUGAACAUGUUUGCUUCCCUCAAAUUUGGAAGCUUCAAUGACUCCCCCGAAGACUCUGGUGAUUGGCGUCCAGUCAAGAUCUUCGGUCUCACGGGUCUUCCAUCAUCUAAGCCGCGUUAUGCCAUUAAUCACUCAGGUGAACGUCGGUCCAGCAUCUCUCAACGCCCACCCACUCGUUUGACCCCCUCAGUUUUCGUCCCGCCUUUGCUUUUGGGUAACAUAGAAAACCCCAAGUAUCUGCGCAUUUCUCCCAUGACAUUUGCAACAGCAAACAUCUCUUCGAAGCCUGGUCUUUUGCACCAGAUAAAGAACACUGCUGCCAAGAACCCGCCUCUGGCAAAGGAAGUUACCCUACUAAAGGUGUCUACUCCACUUUCGAUGGACCGGGUUCUUCAACCAGCGCUAUUUGCAGGAUUGAAGCAUUACUUCGAGUCACGCCGGCGUAUUCUCAAAAGCGGUGAUUUGGUCGGUAUCAGUGUCGAUGAAGGACUCGGCAGAGCAGUCUUCUCUGGAACCGCUGGCGGGGACAGCGCUAGCCAAGAAGAAGAUAUCACGACACGACUCGGCCAGAAUGUAGAUUCUGGUAACGCGGGAGCCCGCAAAAUUGGUGUUGCUUGGUUCCGCGUUGGACAGGUUGCACCGACUACCGUGGAGGAGCUGGAAGAGCCAGGCGAAGACCAAUGGGGCGGAGUUGCUGUCCUUGACCCAGCGACUACUCGGAUGGUUCAGGCUGGAAGCGACGUGAGCCGAGUUCCUGGUGUGCUAAACAAUGGAUGGGAGUACUGGCUUGGUGUCAAGACAAUCCCAAAGGGUAUCACCGAUGCCCCAGCUCCUCAUGGUAUUGUUGCUGAGCCACCUCAGUCCUUCAUUCCUCCAUUACAGCAGCGGAUCCGGGAUCUCAUGUCUGCUGCAACCAGCCCCAGAGCUAUCCAGCUCGGUAUGAAGCCUGUCUUCAUCCUUCUCCGAUCUCAACAGAGACACAUUGGAAAGGCAACUGUUGCAACUCGCGCAUGUUCCGAUAUUGGUCUCCACACAUUCCCCAUUGACGCAUAUGAUAUUUUGACAGAAGGCGGUGCCAAUGGUGGCGAUGUCAAGACCGAGGCUUACCUGAAGGCCAGGGCGGAGCGGGCUUUCCACUGUGGGGCCAACUGCACCGCGUUGCUGAUCAGACAUAUCGAAGUGCUUACUGCUGAUCGCAUUGUGACCGCAAUGACCGAUAUCUUGAACGACGCCCGAGUCGUCAUUGCCACUACCACUGAUGUCGAAAACAUCCCUGAGGGAAUCCGUGGUCUUUUCACUCACGAGUUCGAGAUGGGAGCUCCGGAAGAGAAAGAGCGUGAAGGCAUUCUUAAGAAUGCAGUCGCAGAACGCAGUAUCAAGCUUUCUGCCGAUGUGGAGCUGGGCACCGUUGCCCUGAAAACCGCUGCCCUUGUCGCAGGAGACCUAGUCGAUGUCGUGGAACGGGCUGCUGGAGCCAGAACUGCUCGUCUUGAGAGUCUUGCUGAAGCCAGUAAACUACAGUCCGGCUCAGAGGUCUUCGUUCGGGAUGUUCUACUGGCAGGAGGUGAUGGUGCACGAGGCGUCACUAAGGCAGACUUCGAUUUUGCCGUGGAAGCCGCGCGCAAAAACUUCGCCGAUUCCAUCGGUGCCCCCAAGAUUCCGAACGUCGGCUGGAAUGAUGUUGGUGGGUUGACCAAUGUCAAGGAUGCCUUGAUCGAGACUAUCCAGCUGCCACUUGAGCGUCCCGAGCUUUUCGCCAAGGGCAUGAAGAAGCGUAGCGGUAUUCUGUUCUAUGGACCACCGGGUACUGGAAAGACCUUGCUGGCCAAGGCCAUUGCCACCGAGUUCUCUCUUAAUUUCUUCUCUGUCAAGGGUCCCGAAUUGCUUAACAUGUACAUUGGUGAAUCCGAAGCCAAUGUCCGUCGUGUAUUCCAGCGUGCCCGCGAUGCUCGUCCUUGCGUUGUCUUCUUCGACGAGCUGGACUCUGUUGCUCCAAAGCGUGGUAACCAGGGUGAUAGCGGUGGUGUAAUGGACCGGAUUGUCAGUCAACUUCUUGCGGAAUUGGACGGCAUGAACGGCGGCGAAGAGAACAGCGGCGGUGUCUUCGUCAUCGGUGCUACCAAUCGUCCUGAUCUACUCGAUACAGCCUUGCUGCGCCCUGGUCGUUUCGAUAAGAUGCUCUACCUGGGUGUUUCAGAUACCCACAGAAAGCAGGCGACGAUCCUCGAGGCUCUGACUCGAAAGUUUGCCCUCAACCCUGACGUCUCGCUUGACCGUGUCGCUGAGCGCCUUCCUCUCACCUACACCGGUGCUGAUCUGUACGCGCUUUGUUCCGAUGCCAUGCUCAAGGCUAUUACAAGGAAGGCUACGGCUGUCGAUGAUAAAAUCAAGAGUCUGCCUAAUGGUCCUGUCAGCACUGCCUGGUUCUUCGACCACCUCGCAACACCGGAGGAUGUUUCUGUCACAGUCACAGAGGACGACUUCCUCUCCGCUCAAGGAGAACUUGUGCCCAGUGUUAGUGCUAAGGAGUUAGAACACUUCGAACGAAUCCGUCAAACCUUUGAAUCAGUCGACAAGCAAAAACAAGAUCCAGCCUCUAACGGCGCCCAAACUAUCGCUGAGGCAAUGGAAGCUUUCAACCUCGAUGGCGCGGAAACCCCUACACAGCCCAUUUCACCAAUUCCCGUCUCAAAUGGCGAUAGCCACGCACCGGGUACCAGCAGUAUUCACGACCGCAUCAAAGGCCUGAAACAGUGGCCUGGCAGGAUGGUCCGCAGUCCAAGUGGACAGUCUACGACUAGCAGCAAUGGCAAGGGGAAGGGCAGGAGCGAAAGCAAGAAGGGCAAGUCCCGUGGGGCCGAUGAGGAUGUUGAUGAUGAUGUCGACGGUGAUCAGGAAGAUGGGGCUACGGGCAUGGACGAUGAGGAUGAGGAUGAUUAUGUUGUGAGAACUGGUCAUCUGGAGAAUCCUAUGGAAGAGGUUGAGUAG